AUGGCUAUGGCGUCCAACGCUGCUGCAUUAAAAAUAAUUAAUUUCCAAUAUGGCGAUAAAACAUUUCGUUCCAAAUUUUCAACAGAUACAUCUGCUGUAGAACUCGAUGAAGAAAUUCGAAAUGAAUUCAAUAUUGAACUCGGUACUACUUGUGGUUUUGUUGAUAUGGCAGAUAAUACACGUGUUUUAUUAUCGGUUUUGAAACAUUUGCCAAAUGAUGCAAACAUUAUGGUCAUCGUGAAAGAUUCAAAUUCAAGAACAAAUUUGUCCAGUGAUACUCAACGUCUCUCACCUUCGUCAUCAUCAUCAAUAAUUAACAAUUCUGAUGGAAUGAUAACAAUUAUGAAUAGUGUCAAGGAUAUCUCAUCAUCAAGUGAAAGUACAAAUAAUAGUAAAACCAAUUUAACCUAUUAUAGUACUAUUCCUCCAACUGGACAAAAACAACAUGUUAAUGCCAAUACAACAACGAAAGUUCGUAAAACAAAAGUAGCAAUGAAUCAAAAGGUAUAUUAUUUUCUUGAAACCUAUGCUGGCAUUGAACGAAUGAAUUGCAUUGAUGUUUCAAAACAAAUCAUGGCACGAUUGGAUAUUAAGAUUUAUGAAUUAUACAAUUUAUUGAAAUAUAUUAGAAAUAAGGUAGAUAUACCUUCGUUAAACAUGAACAAAACAAAUGCAGCUAAUAUUAUCGUCAAACUUCACGAUACGGAUUAUUUAAAUUCUCGAAAUAAAUGUCGUCGUCAAAAACGUGCUCAAUUACGUGCUUUAGAAUGUCUUGCUUAUUCAUCGACAUUAUUCUGUUUACGAGCCCAAAAUGAUUACGAUCAACAAGCUUAA